AUGGCUUUCUUCACCCAACCCGGCUUCUCGCCACUCUUCCAACUCCUCAACGACUACGAUACUCAAUCCGAGUACAAGCAGCCAGAACUCAAGCUCUACAACAACUGCAACCCAGUACAAUGCCCCAAGUCUCAAUCACGCCGCUCCUUCGCACCGGCAUUUGACGUGCGCGAGCUAGAUGAGGGCUACUAUCUGGACGGUGAACUCCCCGGUGUAGACCAAAGCAACAUCGAGAUUGAGUUCACCGACCCCCACACUCUCGUCAUCAAGGGCCACACCGACCGCGAUUACAACAAUGACGCUAAUAAUGCCACCCCGAGCCGCAGUUCGUCCCCUGCAGGUUGGCACCAGGCCACAGUCGAAGAUGAACAGGAAGAUGCAGAGUCGCUUAGCUCUGCCAGCUCCGCUAGCUCCGCCAGCACUGUCGACACCGCUGCUUCCAAGGAAGUAAAGGCCCAGCCUCACUUCUGGAUCAAGGAACGGUCCAUUGGUGACUUCCAACGCACCUUUAACUUUACCGCGCGUGUUGAUCAGGACUCCGUCCGCGCCAGCCUGAAGAACGGUGUCUUGUCUGUGUUUGUUCCAAAGGAGGCGAUUCCUGUUCCAAAGAAGAUUCGCAUCCUGUGA